ACUGCUGUUGCCUCACAUUCAGCCCAGUUGCAGCAAUCAUACUUUCAGCGAUAAACUAUGUUCAAAACUGCAGUUUCCUUCCUACCAGCAAGUCAAAGCCUACCAGCAAGUAAAAGCAAUAAGUCUUCAAACUUUCAACGAUACUUUUCCAAUAUUCCAGUUUCCUUCCUACCAGCAAGUCAAAGCCUACCAGCAAGUCAAAGCAAGAAGCCUUCACACUUUCAACGAUACUUUUCCAAUAUUCCAGUUUCCUUCCUACCAGCAAGUCAAAGCCUACCACCAAGUCAAAGCAAGAAGCCUUCAACCUUUCAACGAUACUUUUCCAACAUUGCAGUUUCCUUACUUCAAGCAAGUCAGUCCUGUCUAACAAAACCAUGCCGAGGAAUUAUAUUGCUAAGAGAGAAAACCCAAUUGAAGAAUCAUUACACGGAGCGAUUUCCGAUGUUUUGAGUGGAAAAUCUUCAAUAAGGAAGUCAGCGGAGAAAUUCAACCUAAAACCAUCUACAGUUGCAUUUUAUACCAAACGAUUCUCCUCAAGUGGGCUGUUUACUCCUGCACAAAUCAAACGUAAAACUCAUCCUUCGCAAAUAUUUUCUUCUGAAAAGGAAUAUCAGUUGGCAGAAUACUUGAAUAAAAUGCAUCGUUAAUUCAACAAAAUUUUAAUCUAAAUUUAUUGUUACGAAAACACACCUAUAAACAUACAAGUUAAAAGUUAUUGGCUAUCUAUCGUAAAAAUGAGUGCGCUACGUAUCUGUUAGUCAACUGUAAUUUUAAAUUUUGCGCGUUGAAUAGGCUCCUCCCAUUCCACGCCCUUUGCUGUCCGAUUUCACCCAACUUAAUCGUCCAAUAUUCCCCCAAAACACCCUAUCCCGGUAAAAGCGU